UACAAAUUCAGAGUUGAAUAUUCACAAAAAAAUUAGCGACAUCUAGCGCUCGUGGAAGUAAAAUUUUUAUCUGAGUUUUGUAGAGUCGUGACUAGAUGGCAGGGCUAAAGCCAAAAAGGCUAGAAGUGUAAGCCGUAAAAAGGUUAUAAAAAAAAAUUACUGACUUCAUUCAAAAUUCGAAAGCCGUUACGUUGUGUUUGUGGUGGAAUGUGGCUUGCUUGGUGAAUUUUGAUUACGCUCUCCUUCUGUAUUUUAGUGUUUUAAGUGAUUUCUUUAAAAAACGACGACUUGGACUGCAUUUGGACUCGGCAUCUUCUUCACAAAACGAUUUUACCCGGCUUUUCAUAUUGGUUUCUGUUUCCUGCUUCAUUCGACUUACCUGCAUUCGUAAUCGGACAAAAUGCCCAGAAUAUCACUGAUGAAAUGUUAUUUUGGGUGUACUGUAGAUGGUCCACUGCAUCGAUUUCCAAAGUGGCAAUUCCAACACGAGGAAAAGUUUAAUUCUUGGAAAGCUGUAUUAAGUUCAACAACUCAAGAAUAUGGCAAUGAAUAUAUAUACAAUAAUGUCCGGCUCUGCUACAGACAUUUCGAGAAAUAUUUUCAAUUGCCAAGUCACCGGCUCACCGGAAAUGCAGUACCUACAUUGUAUUUAACAGCAGAAGGUCUUCAAGCACAAGCUUUGGGAUCUGUUGUGGCAACAUCUACAAGCACACCUCAUUCUUCUUUAAUGGAACCUCAACAAGUUGUUCUAAACAAUCCAGCUGAAGAACAAGUGACACUAACUACUGCUACAACUCUUCCUGCAACCAACUUUGAUUUUCUUUUAAAUGUUUCUAAUAAAGUGCCUAAAUAUAGAGGUGUGCAUGGGGCUUCACUGGUCACUUCACAUAAAUCUAGAGGUCUUGUAAAGAAAAUUGAUUCGCUUAAGGAAACUAUUACGAAACUUCGAAAAAAAUGUGAAACUCAAACCCAAAUGAUAAGAAUGGCGGGAAGAAUUUCUAAAUCAAAAGCAUUUUUAGAAGUUAUCGAACAAUUUCCAGAACCCAUGAAAAUUUUCAUGACAAUGCAGUUAAAACAUGGAAAAAGGCCAAGGGGACGAAAAUAUUCAUUAAAAGAGAAAAUACUUUGUUUGACGAUUUUGAAACAAAGCCCUAAAGGCUAUAAUCUACUUAAAAAGCUGUUUGUUCUGCCUUCUAAGAGAACAUUACAAAAACUUUUAAGUUAUGUAGUUAUGAAGCCAGGAAUUAAUUUACAUAUUAUAGAGAAUUUAAAGAAAGCAGUGAGAAAACUACCAAUGGAGAAAAGGUUGUGCAGUCUUAUUUUCGAUGAAGUUGCUUUAUCACCUGGUCUCUAUUAUAAUACUUCCUGUAAAGAAAUAAUUGGAUUUGAAGACUUUGGUUACAAAAAAACGAAGAAAAUAGCUGACCAUGCAUUAGUGAUUAUGAUUAAAAGCAUCAAGGGAAAAUUUAAGCAGCCCAUUUCAUUUACUUUUUGUCAAAGUGCCACUAAAAAGGAUGAUUUAAAAAUUCUUAUAAAAGAAUCCAUAAGAGCUAUUUCUUCAACAGGCUUAAAAAUUAUUUGCACCGUGUGUGACCAGUCUACCACGAAUAUGAGCACAAUUAAAAGUUUACAUGAGGACACUGUGCAGGAAUAUGUAAAAAAGGGUGAAGAGUUUAAAAGUGACAGCUUUGAAGUUGAUGGCAUCAAAAUAUUUCCUCUCUUUGACCCACCACACCUCUUAAAAGGUAUAAGAAAUAAUUUAUUACUUAAGAAUUUAAGAUUCAUUGAAAAUGGUAUCGUUAAAGUGGGUAAAUGGGAACAUUUACUGAUGUUUAUGGAAAAAGAUGACGAAGAGGAUGAAUUAAGACUAGUCAAUAAAUUGACUGAUUCACAUGUUAUAAAAGAAAAAAUACCAAAAAUGAAAGUAAAGUAUGCUGCACAGGUGUUCAGCCAAAGAUUAUCAAAUGCUAUUAAAUUUUGCACUAAACAUGGAAUCCUUCCAAAAGAAUGUGAAGACACAGCAGAUUUGCUACGUAUAAUGGACCAGCUAUUUGAUUCGUUCAAUGGACAUAAUUAUAAAGAUAGCAGCAAAAAGUUUAGAUGUUGCCUAAAAAAUGGUUCGCCACAUUUUAAAUUAUGGGAGCAGGUAUUACCCGUCUUAAGGUCAAUGGGCUAUGAAAAAAAAAAGAGAAAUGGUACCACAGUAUAUGAAAAAGUUCCGUCUAUAAAGAAUUUUAUACAUAAUAUUCGCAUAUAUAGAGAAAUGUGGACCUUUUUACAAAAUAACUUUAACGUGACAAGCCUGCUCCCACGAAACUUAAAUCAAGAUCCACUUGAAAACUUUUUUUGUAAAAUUCGCAGUAAUGGUGUGAGAAACACAAACCCUACGUGUGAUCAAUUUAUAAAUUCUUAUAAAACUUUAAUUAUCAACAGCUUCGGAACCCCCCAUUCUGUAAACGCCAACUGUGAGGACGACAAUAAUGUUUUAUUUAAAUCAAUGGAAAAUUUCUUACAGAAAGAAACUUGCGCUGACAAAAAUGAAAGUCGUAAAAAUGUGCAAAGUAUAAAUUUAUUAUUAGAAGAGUUAGAGACUCCUAUCCAGCCCAGCCAAGAGACCGGUAAAAAUUUUAUUAAUAAAGAAACAAAAAAAUAUGUGGCGGGCUGGAUAUUAAAAAAAGCAAGAAUAGUUUUUAAAAAAUGUCCUGUUUGCACCGAGUCGCUAAUUUCAAAAAAAAAACAAGAUGCUUCAUAUAUAUAUGAAAGGGACUACACCAAAAAGUCGUUACAUUACCCAAGUAAUGAAUUUUCAAUAUUGAUGAAAGAUGUGUUUCAUUCAAUCGCUCGGUGCAUGCAGGAAUCACCGGAGUCUCGACUAUUAGCCAAUGAAAUAAAGUUUCACAUUGAAAUGUACUGCGAUUUUAAUAUAGUUUUAAAAUGUCCAACGCAUUUUUCUAAAUUAAAAGAAUUUAUCAUUGCAUUGUCAAUAAAACUUAUUGUUAACAGUUGGUGUAUGGGGGUAAAUAAAAUAUUAAAAGGUAAAAUGGCGAAAUUUAAUGAAAAUGAUUUUAUUAAAACACACGCAUACCAGUACUAUAAAAUACAUUCUAAAUAUAAAAGUAAAUAAAUA